AAUCGGACACGAGUCUUGUAUACUGCCGCUGGGUCGGCCAUGGUGACGAGCGCGCGCCGCGUAAGCGCGCAAGCAGACAGCUUCCCCGCCGCUUCCGGCGAUUUAUUUAUGCGGUCAUGCCAGAAGAGGAAGCUGUGAAUGCCAAGGAACAGAUCGGGAAACAUGCCGCCCAUGGUGCGCACGCGGAGCUCCACCGCCGUCCCACUCGCCGCCGCUGGCGGCGCGGAGCUCCCGGACCCCGGCCGGCUCGUCCCGCUGUCCCCGUUCGACGCGUUUUGGGUCGCGCUGCCCCCAGUCCGCCGCGUCUUCCUCUUCCGCUCCCCGCCCGGCGUCCCGUUCUCGGACGUCGUCGGCACCCUCAGGUCCUCCCUCGCGCAAGUGCUCCCAGCCUUCCACCCCUUCGCCGGCGAGCUCACGUACUCGCCGGACUCGCGCGCUCUGUCGAUCGUCCUCCCAGACGAGCGGGAGGGCUUCCCCUGCGGCGGCGUCACGUUCGUCGAGGCCGAGACGGACCUCGAUUUCGAGCGGCUCGUCGAGGAGGCGGCAGAACACGACCAGGACGCGCUCGGACAGCUUAUCCCGGACAUCCGCCGUGACCAGCUCCCGGCGCCCGUGAUGGCCGCGCAGGGUAAGCAGGUGACGGAGUUCGUCGGUGGCGGCGGUGGCGUGGCACUGGGGGUGGCCGUGCACCAUACGGCGGCGGACGGGCGCGGCAUUUGGCGGUUCUUGGAGAUGUGGGCGGCGGCAGCGUCCGGUGUUGAGGUUGGCCAGGUGCCCGCCGGGUCGGUUCCGCUGCAUGACCGGAGGCUGGUGCGGUCCCACGGCGACGAAGAGAUCGCCAGGCUGUUCUUGCAGCAAAUCGCCCCGAACUUGCCUAAGAUUGCUCCAAGGCAAGAUCCCGCGCUCGACGGCCGGCGUCGCCUCAGCCGGCGAACCUUCACCUUCGCCGCGUCCGCGGUGCAGCGUCUCAAGCAGAGGCUCGCGUCCGCGGCGAACAUCGGCACGGCGCCGUCCACCUUCGCCGCCCUGGCGGCGCACGGGUGGGUGUCCAUCGCGCGCGCCAGCGGCUUCGCCGACGACGACGCGCCGGUGUUCGCCGCCUUCCUCGCCGACUGCCGCGCGUACAUGUCGCCCCCGGCGCCGGACGCCUACGCGGGCAACUGCGUCGCGCUCUGCAUGGCCUCGCUGGGCGGGUCGGAGCUCGCGGGGCCCGACGGGCCCGCCCGGGCGCUCCUGGCCGUCAGGGAGUCCGUCGCGGAGGCGAAGCGCGACCCGCUCCGCGACCUCGGCCGGUGGCGCACCAAGUUCGCGGCCAUCCCGCCGGGCCGCGCGGUCGUCCUGGCCGGGUCGCCCUGGUUCCCCGCGUACGGGGUGGACUUCGGGUUCGGGAGGCCGGCGAGGGUGGAGCUGGCGUCCAUGAACCACGACGGCGAGAUGGUGCUCGUCGCCGGGAGGGAGGCCGGCUCGGUGCAGGCGUCGGUGUCGAUUGCCGCGGGGAAGAUGCAGGCGUUCCGCGACGUGUUCAUGGCUGAAUGAGCGUCUACGACCGUCCUGUGGUGAUUAUCAGUAAGCAGAUGCUGUUCUAUGUUGAAUGAUCUUGCAAAUAAUCGAUAAUUUCAGGUGAAGACUUGGCCUGAGACACCUGCAUGUAUGCAUGCUCCUCUCUGAAGUCUGAACAUAUCCGAUAUGGAACAAAUGAUAACGCGCACGCAAAGCGCAACAAUAGUCCGCACUUGUUUUUUAUUUGGAGAGGAGAAAUGAUAAUCUGCACUUGGUAGAAUCACCUGCUCGUGCAUUGGUACAGAAACCGCCAUAAUAAAUGACAUUGUUUUUCUCGUUUA